GCUUGCCGUGCGUUAGGCGUGCACUGCCGACAGUUGUAGAGGCCGUAGUUUUAAUGGGGAUUUGAGACAGAUCAUCACAAGGGAGGAAGAAGGUAGGCGGCCUGUCUAUAUGAAGAGAGGAGUCAGUGAGAACGUUUAAUUUCUUCUUGAAACGCUUGUUCCUGCUUUGGUAUGGGCGAUUCCAGCGGCUCUGUGUCUGUGGACAUUGAAAUUAUCCCCUGGGGUGGACAGGAGCAUGUUGUGCAAACUAGUUAUGGUCCUGUCUCAGUCUUUGUAUGUGGAGAUCAGGAAAAACCAGCUCUCAUCACUUAUCCAGACAUUGCUUUGAAUUAUAUGUCCUGCUUUCAAGGGUUAUUCUUUUGUCCCGAGGCCGCCUCCUUGUUGUUCCAUAAUUUCUGUGUGUAUCACAUAGAUGCACCAGGGCAUGAGUUAGGAGCUGCAGCCAUUUCAUCAAAUAUUCCUGUCCCUACAGUGGACGACCUGGCUGAGCAGGUUGCUGAAGUCCUUGAUUACUUUGGGCUUCGGGAGGUUAUUUGCAUGGGUGUGACAGCAGGGGCUUACAUCCUGACAUUGUUCUCGAUCAAGUACAAGGAGCGAGUCGCUGGACUUAUUCUUGUAUCACCUUUAUGUCGACAGCCUUCUUGGACCGAAUGGUUGUAUGACAAGUUGAUGAUCAAUCUUCUUUACUUCUACGGUAUGUGUGGUUUGGUUAAAGAAACAUUGCUUCAACGGUAUUUCAGUGAGGGACUGCGAAGUAUUGUGGCUGGAGAAUCAGAUAUUGUGCAAGCUUGCCGAAGGUUGCUACAUGAGAGGCAGAGCAAGAAUGUUAUGAGGUUCCUAGAAGCUAUUAGCAAGAGACAUGAUCUUUCUGAAGGGUUGAAGAAGCUUCAAUGUAGAACAUUGAUAUUUGUUGGAGAGAGUUCCCCAUUCCAUGAGGAAGCUCUUCACAUGCAUGCUGAGAUGGACAAACGGUAUAAUGCAUUAGUUGAGGUUCAAGCCUGUGGAUCUCUUGUUGUGGAAGAACAGCCCCAUGCAAUGCUCAUCCCAAUUGAGUACUUUUUGAUGGGCUAUGGCUUCUACAGGCCACCUCAAUUAGCUGAAGGCUAUGGAUCUAGUCCAAGGAGUCCAUCAAGUCCGCCCAUAUCAGCUGAGUUGCUCUCUCCAGAGAGUUUGGGGUUGAAGCUGAAGCCCAUAAAGACACGCUUGGCAGGGGAGGAGGAGUGAAGCAGGUGCAAUGUUGUAGAAGACUCAAGGGGAAACAAUAAUUUUUAUGUGACAUAGCAAUUCAUUAAGAGAUAUAAGGUACUUAAUGUAAGAUAAUUGUGGAUAGUCAGCUAUUGUUGGAAAGAAGCUGUCUGUAUAUUUUUGGCCAUUGCAGAAUAAUGUUGGGAAGCAACAGGGGAUUCAAAGAGCGCCAGAUUGAGUAGAGAUUUGUAAUCAUUGGAUGCGGCAAUAUUAAAUAUGUAGAUUAAAAGCAAUAAAUAGCUAUUUUUGAACCCAGAAGCUGAUUUCUGAAAAUUUGUUUUGUAGAAUAUUAAGCUGAAGAAUAGUCUUAAUAAUCUCUGAAAUAAAGAUGUAUUCCGGUUCCUAGCAGGCCUUUUCAUGGUGUUUGACGAUAAAUGUACUUGACGAUGCUUUUUUGGAUUCCAAAAUGGUUAAAGGAAGCUUUCUUUUGUUUUUA